AUGCUUUCGUUGUCGCCCGGCUCCCUGCCACGCCUGUUGCAGAUGAAGCUCGCGUUACGUCAUGUGUGCAUCCUGCUUCGGGCAGCCGCUUUAGUGUCCCUCGUUGCUGUGAGCGGGUCAUCUUCCUCCACGGCCGUCUCCAGCGCGUCCAGCUCACAUCACUAUUCUGGCAGCGUUAACAGUGCCAGUGAUGCGAGUAUAGAUAGCGGUCACCAGCCGUCGCCAUCGCCGCCCUCUAACAAGCCUCCGCUCGAUGCUGACGAGUGGGUGAAUAUCACACUGAAGUUCUUCAUUAUCUUCGUGAGUGUGUGCGCUGGCGUUGCUGUGGUUGCUUUCAGCGCUAUUCUCUGUGCAUACUGCCGCGAGUACAAGCUGCUGGAGACGAGCGACGACAGCGACACAGAGAGCGUGUCCUCACACACCACCUCCCAGUCCUCCAGCUCUGGUGAAUCUGACUCCUCGUCCGACGAUGUGCCGGCCUACGUGACGCCCCGCCAGCGACACAUGCCGCCGCCACCAAUAGUAACCGAGAUCACUGUCCCCGUGGCGUACGAGGAGGAGAGCGACAACGCUGAUCUGCCCGAUCGAGUGAUGCAGGCGGACAUGCAGUCCAACGAGUCGAGCGAAUUCUUGUUUGUGCCACCGGAGACAACCCCCGGCUUUAGCGACGGCGCGGCCACGGCGUUUCGGCGCACCGGCUCCCGUCUUUCUCUCGCGUACAGUCGGCGCGGCUUGUACAGAAAAGAAAGAUGA